AUGGCAUCAAAUAUAAGUCGAGAUCAAAGACAACGUAUGGCUGAAAAUUAUUUGGUAAUCUGGGUCGAUGAAAAUAUUGAUAUGGCAAAUGAAGAUUGCCAAAAUACAAUGGAACAAUUGCGUGCUGUCGUCAACCAAGUCAAUAUGUGCACGACAGCUGAACAAUGUAUUCAACAGCUCACGGAAAAUCAUGAGAAGAUCUCAUUUAUUAUCUCCUCAGGUGCAGUUGGACAACACCUGGUACCAAACAUUCAUGAUAUGGCAAAAUUAAAUGCCAUCUUUAUAUUUUGUGGCAAUAAACAACGGCAUCAAGAUGAAGAGGAAAUCCUCUUUUCCAUGCACACCGUGUUUCGCAUUGGUGAAGUUGGAAAAAUUGACAACAAUCGUGCACUUUACAAAGUGGACCUUAAACUUACGUCGGAUGAUGACCCACAACUUCGUGAAUUAACUGACUACAUACGGCAAGAUGUCAGCGGUACUCGAUGGUAUCGCAUGGGUCAACUACUGCUCAAAAUAGGUCAAUUCGACAAGGCUGAAGAAUUGUAUACAGCACUACUAGAACAGACAUCGGACAAUAGUGAAAGAGCAUAUAUUCAUAAUCAGCUUGGACACGUGAAAAGUCAUCAAGGACAAUACGACGAAGCAGUUUCAUUUUAUAAAACAGUAGUCAAAAUCAAAGAGGAAGAUCCUUUGAAAGACGAUCUCGAUCUGAGUGCUGGCUACAACAACAUCGGGCAACUGUAUAACAACAUGGGUGACUACUCGAAGGCACUUGAAUUUUACGAAAAAUCACUUAAAAUAAGAGAAAAAGCUCUGCCUCCGAAUCAUCCUCAUUUGGCUACUUUGUACAACAAUAUAGGUCUCGUUUCUAACAACAUGGGUCACUACGCGAAAGCACUCGAAUUUUACGAAAAAGCACUUAAAAUCGACGAGAAAACUCUGCCUCCGAAUCAUCCCGAUUUGGCUGCUUCCUACAACAACAUCGGUCAAGUGUAUAACGACAUGGGUAACUACUCGAAAGCACUUGAAUUUUACGAAAAAGAUCUAGAAAUCUCGAAAAAAGCUCUGCCUCCGAAUCAUCCGGAUUUGGCUAUUUCAUACAGCAACAUCGGUCAAGUGUAUAAGAACAUGGGUGACUACUCGAAAGCACUUGAAUUUUACGAGAAAUCACUAAAAAUAAAAGAAAAAGCUCUGCCUUCGAAUCAUCCCUCAUUGGCUAUUUCGUACAGCAACAUUGGUCAAGUGUAUAAAAGCAUGGGUGAGUACUCGAAAGCACUUGAAUUUUACGAAAAAUCACAUAAAAUCGCGGAAAAAACUCUUCCUCCGAAUCAUCCUGAUUUGGCUACUGCCUACAGCAACAUUGGUGAAGUGUAUUACGAUAUGGGUGAUUACUCGAAAGCUCUUGAAUUUUACGAGAAAGAUAUAGAAAUCACAAAAAAAGCUCUACCUUCGAAUCAUCCUGAUUUGGCUACUUCAUACAACAACAUCGGUCAAGUGUAUAACAACAUGGAUGACUACUCGAAAGCACUUGAAUUUUAUGAAAAAUCACUUAAAAUAAGAGAAAAAGCUCUGCCUGCGAAUCAUCCAUAUUUGGCUGUUAGUCAUUUGAGUUUUGCAGCAUGUUACGAAAAGAUGGGUGAUUACACAACAGCUCUUAAAGCCCUUAAAACUGCUUAUCAAAUUCAGCAAAAAGUUUUUGAAGAAGGUAAUCCAGCUUUCGCUUCAACAUACAGCUGGUUUGGAAGAGUUUAUCGCAAGCAAAAAACAUUACCUGAAAGACAUCCCAAUCAAGCUAUCACAUACAGUAGUAUUGGUGAUGUUCAUCGUUUAAUGGGUGAUUAUGAGAAGGCAAUUUCAUUUCAUAUAAAAGCAUUAAAUAUUCAAGAAAAUGUUCAAUGUAAUCCUCUUCAGUGUGCAACGACAUAUAUAAAUUUAGGUAAAACAUAUCGUGAGAUGAAAGAUUAUUCAACAGCAUUGAUAUAUUAUGAAAAAGGAUUAGAAAUACGGAAAAAUAAACUACCAAAAAUUCAUCCUGAUUUAGCUGUAGUAUAUCACAAUUUGGCGCAAUUAUAUUUAUCUACUGGACAAUAUAGGGUGGCAAUGAAAAAUGUUCAACAAGCCGUAGAAAUUGCUCACGAAAAAUUACCUUCAAAUCAUCCUCAUGUUUUGGAAUAUAAAGAGACAUUUGAAAAAAUUCGAAAGAAAAUGUAA